AUGUCAACAGGCACCUUGUUCGUGCGUGACUCGCGCACGGGUGUCAAGUAUGACAUUCCGAUCAACCGGAAUGCAGUACGCGCCCUUGACCUCAAGCGCAUUACGGCGCCCAGUGAAGGGGCCAAUCGAGCGGACCAGGUCUCGCGAGGACUUCGGAUCUAUGACCCCGGGCUGCAGAACACUGCAGUGCUGGAAUCUGCAAUCAGUUUUUCUGAUCACGAGUCGGGCGAAUUGCUCUUUCGGGGCUUCUCUCUUGAACAGCUCUGGGAGGCGGAAUUUGAAGAUAUGCUUCAUCUCAUGCUAUGGGAUGUCUAUCCCUCUGCAGAUCAACGGACAGAGUUGAGUCGUCGACUAGGACGUUAUAUGCAGGAGACGCCAAGGGCCGUGCAUGAUGCCAUCCAUUUGCUGCCUCGGACUACUGCCCCUCUUCCGUUGAUUUUAGCGGGUCUCUCGGCAUACCUGGCUGCGAUUCCGACACCCAUUUGCGUGUCAAGUCUGGCACACGUGUACCAACAAGACCCAGGUCUUGGUGACCAAAUAAUCUUGCAAACAGUCGCGGGUUAUGCAGUGAUAUUUGCUGCCGUCCGUUGCCAUCGCAAAGGCAUCGAGUUCAGGGCUCCUUCAAUCGAUUCAACGUAUCGGGAGAAUCUUUUUGUCAUGGCUGGGCUCAUAGACUCGUCCACCCAACGUCCCGACCCAACCAAAUUGUCAUGUUAUCGUCGAUUUGCCUUGCUCAAUGCAGAUCAUGGAAUGGCACUUUCUGUGUUUUCUGCAUUGGUUACUGCUUCCUCGCUCACAGACCCAAUAUCUUGCCUGAUAUCAGCAGUCGCCGCGGCACAUGGCCCACUUCACUUUGGCGCUACCGAGUCCGCGCAGCGUGCGCUGAAUGAAAUUGGAAAUCCGGAAAGCGUACCCGAUUUCAUAACCGAGGUGAAGUCUGGAAAGCGUAGGCUUUUCGGUUACGGGCAUAGAGAAUACAAAGGCGUGGAUCCGCGCGUCCAGUUCAUCCGAAGGAUCUUACAAGAUCUACCAACCCAUUCUAAUCCCUUCUUCAAGAUUGCCGAGGCGAUCGAAGCGGCUGCCAGCAACGAUGAAUAUUUUCUUUCUCGAGGCCUUCAUCCAAACGCUGACUUUUACGGCAAUUUCGUCUUCACGGGAAUCGGUAUUGAGCCCGAGAUGAUUCCUGCGGCCAUGUUGACCCAGCGUAUUACGGGAAUUAUGGCGCACUGGAGGGAUUACACGGUCACACGCGGUAAGCUCUUUCGGCCAUCGCAUAUCUACACGGGGACUACCGGAGUCGUCACAUACCCUGUUGCCCGAAUUUGA